AUGAACCCAAACACCAAGACUGUAUUUUUUAUCGGUGCUAGUGGCGGCGUUGGCCUCUCAGCCCUCAAGCACACUCUUGCUGCCGGCCAUCAGUGCAUUGCACUCUGUCGCCAGCCGUCGAAGCUUACAGAAAUCUUCCCGCCCGCCUCAACUCCGAACCUCAAGGUCAUCGAAGGCAACGCGCACGAUGUGCAAGCCGUGUCGAAAUGCCUCUUGACCGAAGAUGGCAAGCUCGUUGACAUGGUCUGCUCUACCAUCGGCAGUCGACCCAACUUCCGCAAGAUGACCAUUGAAGACCCUGAAUGCUGCAGAAACGCUGCAGCUACUCUUCUCGAGGCCCUCGACAACCUUCAACGAGAUGGUGUCACCGGAUCCCCGCAUCUCAUUACCUUCAGCACCACCGGAGUCUCUCGCUUCGGUCGGGACUACCCGCUUGCUGUGUUCCCAGUUUACCUUUGGUUCCUCAAGGUCCCGCAUGCGGACAAGCGGAUCACAGAGGAUCGCUUUUCGAAUAGCGGUCGGCCUUUUACGAUUGUGCGCGCGAGUCUGCUCACCACCGGCGAGACUACAAAGGCGAUCCGCGUCGGCAUUGAGGAUCCAAAGACCGGCCGUGAGUCAGAAGCUAUUGGCUAUUUCAUCUCAAGGGAGGACUCGGGCAAAUGGGUUGCAGAGAAUCUCAUUCUGGAGACCAAGGAAAAGUAUGUGAAUAAGAUUGCUAUGAUCACAAACUGA